AUGUUUGCGAGUUGCGCGUCUGCUGCGGCUCCGGUUCGGAUACUGAGCCGUCUCUUCUGCGCCCUGCUGCUGGUGCUGGUGGUCGCUGUGGGACUCGGUUCGGAGCUGCGGGUCCGGGUCCGGCUCGCUGACGGACUGGUGACCGAGGAGGUCCUGGAGGCGGACAGUGAGAGGGACUCCAUAUCGCUCGAGUUCAAGCAGGGAGACGGGACGCUCGUCACUUUUCUGGCGGACUUCAAGCAGGAUGUGAAGAUAUUCCGUGCGCUUAUCCUGGGCGAGCUGGAAAGAGGGCAGAACCAGUACCAGGCGCUGUGCUUCAUCUCUCGCCUCAGCCGCAAUGAGAUCAUCCCGAGCGAGUCCAUGGCGCGUCUCAGACAGAAAAAUCCUCACGCCAUUCGCUUGGCGGAGGAGCGGAGAGGACUGGAGCAGCUGAUGAUGAGCGCGGCGGUCAAUCUCAGUCAGGCCUCUCAGCUCAGCUCCCACAUCCACAACAUGUGCAGCGAGGCCCGGGAGGCCAUUUACACCAGGGAGUCCGACGUCAAACACUGGCUGGACAAAGGAGUGGAUGGCUCCAUAUUCGAGGUCCUGCCCCAAACAACGGAGGCGCCCAGCUUCCAGGCCUGUCACUCUACUAAAGACUUGUGGCAGCCAUGUCUCUGCACAUACAGCCUGCGUCUGGAGUGGUAUCCGUGUCUGCUCAAGUACUGCCGCAGCCGGGACACUGUGGGCAAAGGCUCGACCUACAAGUGUGGCAUAAAGAGCUGCAGCAAGGGCUUCCAUUUCACUUACUAUGUUCCCCAAAAACAGCUUUGUCUAUGGGACGAGGAGACCUAGCAUUUUGUUCUGGAUGGUUAAGAAAAGAGAAACACAUUUUUAUCCCCCAGUCAUGCUAUUCAAAGUAAACACAGUAACACUGGACCUCGGUUUAUGUGAUGCUCAGUGAAGCUGUCUCAGGUGGGGGGAGCAGUGAGAUCCAGAUGUCCAAGCUGAAACAGACAUGAAUUCAGGUUCCAAAUGAGACUAAAACCUUUUGAGGAAGGAGAGAUGCAGCACGUCUUUCGGAGAGGACCCUUAAGCCUUUUCUGGGAAAUAUCGACAUAUCGUUGUCAGCUUCGUUGCCAAGAAGCUGUCACUUGUGUGCCUUUUUAUGGAGAAGUUAUUGGAGCAGAUGCCAACAACAAUAACCUCCCAAACAAACUACGGUAUGCACGAAGCUGGAAAGUGCAUUUCCGGUCAAUUAAACACCAGCAAAGGAACAACAGAGUCCCACUCUGAUCACAAGAGUCCUACUGGACAAACCAUCCUGGUGAAGGAAAAUAUGGAUGGUGGAUUCUUAUAAAGCUCUGUGAAAAACAGACAGCAAAACGCCUGUUUAUAGCAUUGUAAGCUGGCUGACAAAGGAAACGCCUAUUCAAUGCUGGCUUUAUUUAUUUUGGUUGCAAAGUGAAAUUAUUGAGGACUAUUUUUUUUUGUCUUUUUUGCAUUAAACAAGCUCUUAAAGUCUAAACCACAGGUCCUCAGUAACAAUAAACACAUUUCAGAAAAUUUAAACCUCUUGGAGUUUGGAUGUUGUUUCUAGACUCAUCCAUAUGUCAUGCUUUUUUGUUGCCACGUCUUCAUGUUUGUGAAUGGAUAAACAGGUUUAUUAUCUUCUUUAAUAGGACAGUUGUAGCUCUGCUUUGCCCCAUCAAUACCCACGGGGGACACCUCAUGCCCACCACUCACAUUCUCAGUCUGUUUAAAGUGUAAAAUAAACCAAAGUCCAAGGAAAUACUUUCAAAAGAAAGGUGUAAUGUUUCAGUUUCUAGAGACAGACUCUUCACUGUGGUGUUUUUCCAUGUUAGGAUUCACUAAAACUGCAUUAUGGCCUUUUUAAUAACCUAUACUGCCAUCUUCUGGUCAAACAGUGUUUCUGUUUCUUGUGUUUUUUGUUGGAUCCCAAUGCCAAAACUCUGGUUUUUGGUUUGUCUGUUCAUGUCAACAGUUAAAUAUCUAUAAUUUAUGCAACUCAAAUCCCUGAUAAUGUUUCUUGCGUAAUUCAUUUCUUGAACUUGUGGGACCAAAUUUCAUUUUGUCUGUCAGUCCUUUAGAGUAAUAGGUUAAAGUAUAAUUUUGGUUUGUCUUACCUCCAUCUUCAUUUCAGUCUUCGCUGCCAUAUCAAAAGAUCAUUUUGUGUUUUGUGUGUUGGUUUGUCCUCCUGCUAACUAAAGAACCAAAUGAGUGAAACAUUUCUAUUUGUGACCUUUACUGGUGAUCAAGUGCCUUAACAUUUCCACUGAUACCUUUGCUAUGUAAUUGUAGAUUAAGUUUUUAAACAUAUUUUUUCUAUGAAAGAGUUUUGAAUAUGUUGUAAAAAGUUGCCAUAAGGAGAAAAUUAAGCAGUUAGGUAAUGUACCAUUUUAAAAGUUGAGUUUUACAUGAAUUGUUUCAAUAAAGUCUUUCUUUGCACUGCA